AUGUCUUAUAAUAAUAAUAAUGAACAGUCAUGCUCACCAUGCGGUGUAGUGGUUGGCUGCUAUGAAGAUAUGAAGGAAUGGUCCACUCUGGGUAGUGAGAUCAAUUCAAAGACAAAUGAUGCAUUGAUUAAUGCUUUCCGUUUGUCUGAUAAUAAGGGAAAGUCUGGUGAUAGCCUUUUAGUGUAUAAUGUCACACCGGAAUUCCCCCGUGUGGCCAUCGUCGGCCUUGGCAAGUUUGGAAACACCUGCUCGAUCUAUGAGCAGGGCGAGAACAUCAGACGUGCAGUUGGCAAGGGUGUCAAGUCGCUCAAGGCUGCUGGCGCCACCAAGAUCGCCGUCGACACCUCCAUCGGCGAGCUGAGAGCUUGCUCCGAGGGCGCUCACCUCAGUGUCUUCAAGUACGAGAUCAAGUCCACCUCAAAGAACAUCACCUACGACAUCCAGCCAUACCAGCCCGAGAAGCUGGCCUCCCUGCAGGCGUGGGAGGACGGCAAGGUGUUGGCCGACGCACAGAACUUUGCCCGCAGACUGGCCGACACACCAGCCAACCUUAUGACACCAACCAUCUUUGUCCAGCAGGUCAAGGAGAAGUUCCAGGCACUCGAGUCAUCGGGCAAGGUGGAGAUCAUUGCUCACGACCGCAAAUGGGCUGAGGAGAAGAAGAUGGGCAUGUUCUUGGGUGUGGCCGUUGGAAGUGACGAGCCACCCAUCUUUUUGGAGAUCAACUACCGCGCCGCACAGGACAAAACCGCUCCACCCGUCGUCUACGUCGGCAAGGGUGUGACCUUUGACACUGGUGGCAUCAGUUUGAAGCCCCCCGCAGCAAUGGGUCUGAUGCGUGGCGAUAUGCAGGGUGCCGCUGUCACUGUGUCCUCGAUCUACGCCGCUGCCACUCUCGGUCUCAACGUCAACCUGACCGUUCUCACACCACUCACCGAGAACAUGCCAUCGGGCAAGGCCACCAAGCCAGGCGAUGUCCUGAUCGCUGCCAAUGGAAUGACCAUCGAGGUGGACAACACCGAUGCUGAGGGUCGCCUCAUCCUUGGUGACGCCCUUCACUAUGCUCACACCUUCAACCCAGUCACCAUCGUGGACGUUGCCACACUCACUGGCGCCAUGGACAUUGCCUUGGGCGCUCACCUCUACGGCUGCUUCGCCGGCUCCGACGAGCUCUGGCAAGAGAUUGACAGCUGUGGACAGUACACUGGCGAGCGUCCAUGGCGCAUGCCACUCCUCAAGGAGUACAGAAAGCAGCUCGACUCAAAGUACGCCGACAUGGUCAACUCUGCCGGCCGCUCUGGAGGCGCCUGUGCUGCCGCCAUGUUCCUGAAGGAGUUUGUUCAAAUUGACCGUUGGGCUCAUCUCGACAUUGCCGGUGUGUCCUACACCACCGAGGAUGGUCCCUACAUCGUCAAGGGUAUGACUGGCAAGCCAGUGCGCACUCUUGUCGAGUUGGCUAGAAGACACUUCAACAAA